GACCUGGUGCGAGCCCCGAGGCGCCGCAUUUGACCGGCAGUCUCACGCCAGACCGCAACGGCCGACGGCGUCCUGCCCUUGUCGGACUCGGUUUCCGUGCGUGGUUGGUGGCCAUUGAGUAAGCGCCGCGUCACAGAGUCAGACACAAUGAUAAUCCUUCGCCACCUGGAUGACAGCGCGGAACCAAUGAAGUCAUCGUAUCGGAAAGACGAGCCCAGCAAAGCAGCCUGUCUGCUCUGCGCCCUGGUGGUGACGCCCUACUUCACCUGGCUGCCGACGCCGCUGCUGAUCAGCGGACUGUCUUUGUUCUACUGUCUGCUGGUGUUCCCUGCCUGCCUGUCCACCUCUGCCUGGGCCGCCGCGCUAGAGGCGGCGAGGGAGGCGCUGCAGCAGGCGCUGGCCGGCGUCUGGGAGGGACUCAGCGAUGUUCGGCGGCACGUGGCCCGACUCGAGCGCGCUCUCAUGACCAUGCACAACCUGACCACGCUGCUCAACCAGCUCCUGACCCUGGUGGCGUGCGACGUGGUCUUCCUGCCCGGCCAGAAGUUCAGCAGUCUCUACACCCUCAUGUUUCUCAACGUCGUCUCGUACUGCGUGAAAUACGUCUCUGAAAUGGCGCACAAGGACCUUGUGAUGGAGGUGACCAUCUCUCCGCGCUCUGGCGUCCGGCACCUGGCUCUCACCACCACUCGGCUCAUCUACGAGUGGACCAAGGCCAUCACCUUCGUCAUCACGGUGGUGUCCAUGCUGCUGGUGUUCGGACUGCAGCGCGGCCUCAGCCGGUACCAGCCGAGCGCCGGAUACCUGCUGGUGGCCGUGCUCUACUACGCCGCCAGCGAGCGCCGACUGACAGGCGCCUGGCAGGCGGCGCUGGAGCGGCUCUGCCUGCCGAACCUCGACGGCCUGGAGGAGCUCUGGACGCCGCUGCUGCUGGGCUACGGCUGCGCGGCCGUCGCCGGACUGCUGGCCGCCACCGCCGCCUGGCUGGGCCACGUCCGCCUGGCGCUGGCCGUCGGCUACCUCUGCUGCUGGUUUCGCGCGCGAGAGACAAGCACGAGCCAUCUGGCGGCGCUGGGACAGCAGAGGGCGCUACUGCUGCCGUUCCGCACAGCCGAGCCGGCCGAGCUGCGCGACAUGGAUGAUGUGUGCGCUGUCUGCCUGGCGCCGAUGCGUGAGGCACGCGUCACGCCCUGCCACCACCUCUUCCACAGCUCCUGCCUGAGACGCUGUCUACAGGUCACCGACCGCUGCGCCAUCUGCAAGCGCGACCUGGACUCAGAGUAGCCGAUUGCGGCAUGAGAUGGCGCGCGCAUUUGAUUUGACAGCGGCAGUCCAAUUCUCAUUCUGGGCUGGAGCUGGGACUGACUCACGUAGUCGUGUCUGAUUUAUCUGCCUCUAGAUCUCCUAUUUUAACUGUGCGAAUGUGGCUUUUAAGCAUCCGCGUUUUGGGGUGUGCUCAGUUGAUGUGCUUAGUUCGGCAGUUGAUAACUACACAGGUCUGCGUGGUGCGUGCGGCAGCCGUGAAAUCCAAGAUGUGAUAACGGCCUGAUGGCACUUCGCGUGCGUUCGUGCUUUAAACGCAUGCAAGUCGCGUAGAUGGAUGUACCAAAACCGGCAUUGAAAGGUCAUGGCAUGUGUUCUAAGCUUUGUAUUUUAUCGUUCGGAAGUUAUCUUACCUCGCCGUCUUCGAUACCUUAACGCGAACAUUGCGUUAUAUGCUGCAAAUUCACAGGUCGCAAAGCGAUAAUUGUCAUGCUGUGAGGAGUGCUUGAUGCCUGACACUUUCUAGUGUCAUGCACGUGUGGCUGUUGGUUACAAAACCAUCGGCGAACUAAUGCUUCCCGGACCAUCGGCAAAAGUUCACCGGGUGAGGCUAUUACGAUUGCUGUGACCGCUGUUCGUCAGAGCGAGCUGGACCACAUUCGCUUAAAUAUUUGGCUCCUCUCCAGGACCGUUCUAUGAAAUGUACAUAUGCUCAGCGAGGUUUUCAGAGAAGACGGUAGCUCAAGAUGCCUAGAGCCUCUUGGGGGAAAUGGUGUAAUCCUGCCAGUAAUGUGCAUAGUUUCGUAACACUGCAUUUUUCCUAUGGCUGGUGCGAACUUCUAUACUAGAACGCAACGUGAAUGGCUACGUGACAUUCCUUUUUGUCAUAUGAAUGUGCGUGCGCGAUGAGUGCUAGCUGAACAUGGGUGCUACGGUGGUGGCCGCUGGUGCCGGUGCUGAUGCUUGCCAAUUUAGUGAGCAAAUAACAUCGUGCAAUUGUGUUCGUCUGCAUACUGUCUUGUAGCUGUGCCACAGAUGAUCCGCAGUAUUCUGUCAACGUGCGUAUAUCUAUGCUUCGAGCACCCUAAGUGACAGGCACUCUAAAGCUCGCAGUUACGUGACGCAAUAUGGCUACUGUUUUGAUGCAUCAUAUGGUGUCGAACUAUUUCCAAUAUCUAUUACUAACCCAGUGCAUAGGUUGCAAAGGUACGCUUCUUUCGUUGGGGCACGCCAAUAUGCGCGUGAUAACUCAAUGUUACGUUUGGGAAAAGGAAGCUGCACUCAUCUAUCAUGCAUGUUUUGUAAUAAACGCUGAUUGCGUGAGCUGAAA